AUGCCUUCUGUUGUCAACGACUCUAGUGGCUCCACGGCCCCUCCUGCAGCUGAGGUCCAGGCUCCGGAGCCCAAGAAGCUUGUCCUCUGCUUCGACGGUACUGGCAACGAGUUCAGCGGUUCUAAUGCCGACACAAACGUGGUCAAGCUUCUGCACAAGCUAGAUCGAAAUGACCCCAAUCAAUACCACUACUAUCAGACCGGAAUCGGGACGUACGAUGUCAACGAAAAGUCCGUCAACAAGUCUUGGUUCGGGGAGAUGCAAAGCUCCGUCUCCAAAACAGUCGACCAAAUGGUCGGCACAACGUUCGACGCCCAUGUUAUGGCCGGCUACCGAUUCCUGAUGCGUUACUACGAUCCUGGCGACAAGAUUUACAUGUUCGGAUUUAGUCGCGGCGCCUUCACAGCCAAGUUUCUCGCUCGCAUGAUCCAUACCGUAGGCCUUCUCUGCAAAGGUAACGAGGAAAUGGUUCCAUUUGCAUUCCGCCUCUAUCAGCGAUAUCUAGCUGGAGAGAUUGAAGAUUUUAUGGGCGAGCGCGACAAGAAAGAUGACGGGGCGGGUGACGAACCACAGGGCGAGAACGACCAGGCCUCGACAACAGCUCUAGCACUGGAGUCGCUGGAGCUUGACGCUGAGGGUAAUCCAAAGGAGCCGAAACUGAAGCGGCGCGGUCGCAAGUUUAGAAAGGCGCGUGACGAGAUUACUGCCUUCAGCAAUACCUUCUGCCGUAAGGAAAAGACGAUGCACUGCGGCAAGGCGGUCGAGGCCAAUAUCAAAGUCUACUUCCUUGGUAUGUGGGAUUGUGUCAAUUCCGUAGCCGUCUUUGAAAAGAAGACGCCCGUUCCCGUACCUGUCAAAGGGACCGCCCAUUUUGUCCGGCACGCCGUCGCCGUGGACGAACGACGUGUCAAGUUCAAGCCCGCGCUUCUCGCUCAGGACAUUCGGAGCAAGAGCCACGAUCAUGAAGAUAUCAAGGAGGUCUGGUUCCCUGGAUGCCACGGCGACGUUGGCGGCGGCUGGCCUGCCGUCGAGAAUAACUCUCUCGACAGCAACAAGACAGAGAACAUGACCAUCUGGGAACGCAUCAAGAACUUCUGGGUCACCCGCAAACCCAAGGAGGCUAGCCACGACGUCGCCAAGGAUCCGUUCCAGAUGAGCGAUCUAGCGCUAGCGUGGAUGAUUCGCGAGCUCGAGCUUGUGGGCAAGCAGGAUCCUUCUGCUGCUGUUAAAUGGUGCAACCGGGUGAACGGCUUCAAGAGGAGGUUCCAGAAAAGGAAGAAGCAGGCUCUGAAUGGCCUCAUCCAUGACUCGCUCCAGUUUAGCUCCGGCACUGGCUUCUUUACGGUUUUGCUUUGGAAAUUUAUGGAAUGGUACCCUUUCAUCACACGAUGGGAGCUUGAGAAAAACGAAUGGGUCAAUGUCCGCUUUCCUCUUAACGGAGGCGCAUGCCGAGAUAUCCCAAGAGACGCAGUUCUACACGAAUCGGUGCUCUGGAGGCUGCAAAAUGAUCCCAAUUACCACCCGAAAAACAAUCACGGCGGAAAGCUAGAUCCUUGCUUGAAGCACAACAACUGCGUCGCCAAAGUCUAUCCCGUUGCCGAAGACCAUGGAGAGCCCGAUCCUGACCAUCAGACGUACAUCCUGGCUUCCACCGACUAG